AUUUUCCAGCAAGUUGGUUGGGAAAGAGAUUAAUCCUUGAGCACUGCAUGCAGUACCAGUAAAUGGUGAAGUACAAAGUCCAAUUUUGCAAUCCACAGACUAGUUAAGAGCUGAGAUAAAAUAAACACAACUCUCUGGGUGAUGCUGCAGAUGUUUUCCUCUUCAUUCUAAGCGGAGGAGAAAGCAACUGCUUUCUUAGCCAGUCUUCCUUUCUUCUGUCAGUUGCUUCAGUUGAUCAAGGAACCACACUAGGAACUGGUGUCAGCAAUGGAUCUUCUCCAGCUUUUUGAUGUCCUGCUGCUGGGAACAGCACUGGUACUGUCCUUGCUUUCCGGAACAUGCAGAAGUCAAGAAAACACUUGCACUGUGAUGGCAUGUGGCAACCCCGGACUCAAUGGAUUACCUGGAAGAGAUGGGAAAGAUGGUGCCAAAGGAGAGAAGGGAGAUCCAGGAAUUCAAGUGAAAGGCCAACAGGGUUUUCCUGGGAAGGCUGGGCCUCCGGGAUCACCUGGGAUUCAAGGACCCCCAGGCCAGAAAGGCCAAAAGGGAGAUGCCGCAGCCGUUAAUGAUAUUCAAAGGCAAGUAACUGCUUUGGAAAAGAACAUUCAGACUCUUCAAGCUGAUCUUAGCAAACACAAGAAGGUUUUGUUGAUGCAGGGAGCAAUGAGUGUUGGUGGGAAAACCUUUGUUUCAACUGGUCUGCCUGCAUCUCAGGAUGCUAAAUUACAAAAUGACCUCAAGGAACUCAAACACAGAAUCACCAGAUUGGAAAGAGCCUUCAGCUUGAAUGGGAAGAUCGUACUCGCGGGCAGCAAACUGUUUGCCACCACGGAGAAAACGGCCGAUUUUGAUGAUACAGUGAGAUUAUGCAGAACUGCUCAUGGCAAAAUUGCGUUUCCAAUGAACAAGGAAGAGAACGAGGCGAUUAUGAGUUUUGUGCAACGAUUUGAUACUUAUGCUUAUCUGGGCAUUACCGAGGGUCAAGUUCCUGGGAAGUUCCAUUUCCUGAACGGGGCACCCCUGAACUUUACAAACUGGUACAGGGAUGAGCCCUCAGGCAAAGGGACAGAGAAAUGUGUGGAAAUGUACACUGACGGCACCUGGAAUGACAAACAGUGUGAUAAAUUCCGCCUCACAGUCUGUGAGUUUUAAACUGAACUCCACAAGGGGUCCUAAUGACAGAGGGGGUUCAACAUUUUAUUUCUGGGUUCACAUAAUUGAGGCAUACAUCUAUGCCUCAGAAUAACUGAGCACUCCUUGCGAUGUAACUCAAUACCUCAGUGAUUUCUGUGUUGGAAAAUGAAGAUCAGUAAAUCCUAAUGAAUGCA